GCUCGGUCGCGAUCGGUGUUGGUUUUCAGCCCUUCCUGGUUUGUCUGCUAAAUUGUGUGGCGGAAGUGCCAGUCCAGCCUUGUAGUGGUGGCAUUUUGUGUUAAUAUCAGUUCCAUCGGUGGAAAUACUUUUUAUAGAACUAAAUCGGGAUAAGGGCAGCUGCUUAAUAAUUCAGAAUUUAUUUGUGUAGCAUGUCCUGAUAUUUGCUUAUCGGCAGUGGGUGUGCUACCCAAUUAGGCCCUGCCUAUAUUUUUUUGCUUUUCCAUAAUAAUAAUAACAGUAGCAGGCCAGCCUUAUCAUGCUUUCCCGAGGCUUCUCACUGCUAGGGAACUUGCUGCUGUGUGGUAUGUGUUUGGGCACAGGCUGGCUGGCACAAGAUGGGGUUAUACAUUCUGAUCUGUUGCCCCAGUACAUGUGGGCAGAAGAACUAUCUCUUUCCUUGCUGCCUUCUUACUCCUUAGCUCCAGGACUUUCCAAGGACUCCGAUAUCUGCCUUCGCCUUCUGGCUGAAUUUGCCAACCAUAGUGCUAGCCUGAGCAGUUGCCUGGUGUAUAAUGCCAGGCCAGUCCGACUCUGCCAGCACUGCUACACUGAAUAUGUGCAACUUCAAACAACCAUGCAAAGCAUUGAGGCUCCUCUGCAGAAUGGUACAGUCAGCUGUGCUGCCAGUCUCCUGCAGUCUGACAGAGUUCAAGUAAUUGUGAUUCUGAAUGACUUUUUUGAGCAGACAUGGGAAGAAUCAAAGUGUUCACAGUGCUUACAGAAUCAAAGCCAAAGCUUGCUGAAUACCACAAGUGAAUUCAUGGAAAUGUUUCUCAGUCUAGGAACUUGUUUUAAUUUGAGCAGGAAGGAGCCAACAGUUGUAUCACAGCAAGGCAACUUUUCUAGCAUUUGCAGAAAUUGCAGUAAGAAUUACAGAGAACUUAAUGAUCUUUACAGCAAACUAGAAAAGGAAAAGGCUUUGUGCAUUGACUUGGAAGAUGCAAUGAACAGCACCCGCAUUCUUUGGAGCAAAACCUUCAACUGCACAGUACCUUGCACUGACACUGUUCCAGUUAUUGCAGUUUCUGCAUUUAUUCUUUUUCUGCCAAUAAUUUUCUAUCUCAGCAGCUACUUACACUCCGAACAAAAGAAGCGCAAGCUCAUUUUCCCAAACCGCAUAAAGUCAAAUGCCAGCGCAGUGAAUAUUCAGGAUAAAUGUAACUGAACUUUAAAACCUUUACAUAAAAAGUCUUUGCACUGUACAGAAAUGGAAACUUGUGUGAAGGUGAAGCGUUAAAGAAAGCCACACAGGUGUUUAUCUAUACAGUAUCAGAAGGAGCCAAGACUCAAACAUUGCUGUCAGUGACCAAGCAAAGAGAAUACUGUAACCACUCGUACUAUAUGUGCUGCUGAAAGAUUGAAGACUUUAUUUUUUUUUUUUACUGGGUUAAAACUAGUAUCUGUUUAUUGAAGUAAUUCUUCCAGUCACAUCCAGAAUGAUUUUUGCAAGGUUGUGGUUCUGCAAGGCUCAUGGCACAUAGAUUUUCAUUCUACAGCUAGGCUUAGGAACUUCUCUGUUAAUUGAAAACACUGCUGGAGAAUACACCCUGGGGCAUAUUUAUUACAAUCUGUAAGCCAAUAUCACCGCCGAUGUUGCCCAUAGCAACCAAUCAGAUCUUUGCUUUUGUUUUCAAGCUUGUAGGUGACCAUUCAAAUCUAAUUGCUGAUAUGUUGCUGUGGGCAAAAUCACUGAUGUUGGCUUACGCACUAUAAUAAAUAUGGCCCUAAGAAGAGCCUAAGAAUUACUUCAUAACUUUCAUUUCCCCAUCCCUGAACUUACAAAGCCACUGUAGUUUAUUUGUACUGAAGGAGAAUGUAUAAAUACUUUCCUCUUGCUUUGUGUUACCUGAAGUGCUGCUGACUCUGCUGGCAGAUUCAGACACUUUUCUAACUUUUCUAACCACCCCUUAACAGCCACUAAAUAUUUACCCCAGAUAUUCCUACAGCAGUAGCACCCCACCCUUUCCUUAUAGUUAUAUACAUUUGUACAGCGAUAUCUUAUGAAACUGUGGUAGCAUAGCUAUUUCCCAAUGCUUAGAACAAUGCAAUAUGUUACUUGUAUUUUAGAGUCCCUUUUCAGAAAGACCUUAGUAAUGGUGGUUUGAUAUAAGGUACUGUGCAAAAUACUUUGCUGUUAUGUACACAAAGGAGAGAACUACAUUAUAAAAAUUCACAACAUAUGAAGGGCAACAGUUUUUCAGUAGCUGCACUUCCCCAGUUCUGAGAAGUUUCUCCACCAUGAAUUUGUCUUUUUUUUUUUUCUAUGAAAAGAAAACAUUUGUUUACUUUGAUAUAAGAGCAAACCUUUCCUGUAUACAUCUUGGAUCUACAACCUGUUUCUUAUAGCUAUUGUAGAGCAGUUCCUAGUUUUAGUUCAUGAAAAUCCAGAGCGCCUCGGGGUGCCUUUGCUCAGUAUUCAAAACCCACUUGAACUCCUUAUUUAUUAAAAAUAUAUAUUUUUAAAACAAUUCUUUAACUUAAAAGGUCAAGGAUGUUGGGAAAAGCUGUUUUUUUACAUUGGCAAUCGGAUAUUUUAAAUGCCAUGACAAUUUCGUUUUUUGUAUUUUGUUCCUCUUUGUGCACAACAUGAUCAUCUUAAACAGGAGAUGAAUGUUGUGAAUUGGUUAUUGUUUUUGGUUAGUGUGCUCCAGUUGGAUUAGAUCAGCUGCUGCCUGCCAUGCAGUCUCUGCAAGCAUUACCUUGAUUUGGUGAAUCAUAUGAUUGAGAGCCGUUGAAAGCAAUCUUUCAUUUAUGCUAAUAAAAGCUGGGUUUAUAUCUGCCAAGUUGCGGAAUGACGGCUUUUGAGUCCGUAAUCAGUGGCUUUUUAAACACAUUCAUGCUAAGUAGGUCUGAAAGUCAUUACUGCAGGAUAGGGCAGUUAAGCGCUUUAAAAGACAAGCAGCUUUCAUUUACGUUCUGAGCUUUGUAGCCAAUUAAAAUAAUUGCAGUUUUUUUAACACUGCAAAAAAGUUAAUACUUUUAAGUUUUCUACUUUGUCAAGAAAUAAAUUGUAUUUCUAUUUAAAAAGUGCAUUUUUGUUUUGUCCUAAUGUUAUGUUUUUUGCACUUUAAUGUGCAUAUAUUUGGCUAUUUCCAAACUGCACUGUCAUUUUUUUCUUCUCCAUAAUGAGUAAUAUGUAAGAGUGUUCUAUGAUUCCAAGAAAAUACACAAUAGCAAAUAUACUUAAAGGGGUGGUUCACCUUUUAGCUAACUUUUAGUAUGUUUUACAAUGUACUAUUCCUAGCAACUUUGCAGUUCAUCUUCAUUGUUUAUUUUCUAUAGUUUCUAAAUUAUUUGCCUUUUUUGUCUACAUCUUUCCAGCUUUCACAUUGGGGGUCACUGACCCCACUAGCCAAAAAACUUUUUCUCUUUGAGGCUACAACUUCAUUUUUAUUAUUUUUUAUUUCAAAUAUUUUUAUUUAGUCCCUCUCUUACUCAUAUUCCAAUCUCUCAUGGACUCCACUGCCAGGUUGCUAAGGUAAACAAGACCCUAGCAACAAGAUAGCUACUGAAAAACUACAAAAAAUAAAAACCAACUGCAAAUUAUCUCAGAAUACUAAAAGUUAAUCUCAAGGUGAGCAACCCCUUUAAAUAUUUUUAUCCAAGAAAAAAAAGCUUGAAUAAAGCUAAAGUUAAAGCUUUAUAUAGAUGUCAAUAGGAAUUACCUGAAGAUUUCAAGCAUCCUUAUUUUUUCCUAGUUUAUUAAAAAAAAGUUUAUUUUUUAGCCUUACUGAAAUUGAAUGGAAUAAAGUGAUUUUUGUUUGUGUAUGCCUUUUUUUCUUCAGAAAAUUCUACCAAUAUUUUUCUGUCCAAGUUCUUUCUGUAAAUAUGCUAGUGCUUGAGAAUAAAACGCUUGCUAUUGAAAAAA